AUGUCGGGCGAUCUCUUGAGCUGGCUGGAGUUCGCCGAAGGAUGCCGGGCCGCGCUGACGGACAUCAUGUUCCAGAAGCUCUGGCUGUGGAGAGUACCGCGUCUCGAAGACGUCGGGACGGACGACGUGUCUGCUCUGAACAUCAUCGUCACGGGUCCGACAUCCGGAAUCGGCACUGAGACGGCGCGCGCGCUGGUCCUGCGCGGCGCGAACGUGUUCCUUGCGUGCCGCGACACCAACCGCGGGCGCAAGCUGCGCGACAAGUUGAAGGCAGAGGCGGUCGACGGCGGAGUCACGGACCCGCGCAUCGAAGUCAUGAAGCUCGACCUGUCCUCGCUCAAGUCGGUGAGGGACUUCGCGGCGCAGUGGGAGAAGAAGGGCGCGGAGCCCCUGCACGUGCUGAUCAACAACGCGGGGAUCCUGGAGCUCGGCAGCACGACGCGCGCCACCACCGUGGACGGCCUCGAGUCGCACGUGGGCACCAACCACGUCGGGCCGGCGCUCCUGACGCUGCUCAUGAUGCCGUACCUGCGCAAGGCCGGGGAGAUGUACAAGCGCGGCGCACGCGUCGUGAACGUGUCGUCCGUCCUCCACAAGAUCGGGAGUAUUUACCGGGACGACCCGGGUCUGGAGCAGCCCGGCGCGUGGGGGUGGCUCAAGGCGUACGCCGUGAGCAAGCUCAUGGACGUGGUGUACAACGUGGAGCUGCGGCGGCGCGUGCCCGAGUCGUGGAACGUGCACUGCAUGUCGCUCCACCCGGGCAACAUCAUGACCGGCAUCAUCCGGACGUCCCCGAGGAUCAUCCAGCUCCUGUACAAGCUGGUCGUGCCGAUGACGAACAUCACGGCCUCCGAGGGCGCGCGCGCCACCGUGUACUGCGCGACCAGCCGCGAGGCCCCCGCGGAGGCUGCCAUGUCAGGGACCGGGGGGUACUUUUCGUCGUACUGCGCGCCGGAGAAGCCCUCGCGCGUGGCGCUCGACGAGGGCGUGGGGCAGUGGCUGUGGGACUGGACGCUCAAGGUGGCGGGGGCGGCGGAGCUGGUGGCGGCGACCGGCCUGGACAAGCGCUGCUGA